AUGACGGCUAUCCAAGCGAUCCACAUCCGCGGCUGGCAAGACCGCCCCGAGCCCAAGCCGCACGUCGUCUUCCGGAUCGAGAUCCAAGCCUCGGUGCGCUCCUGGCAGAUGUGGCGGCGGUACUCCGAGUUCGCCGACCUGCACCUCGAGCUCACCAAGGCCUGCGGCGCGCCCCCGCCCGCCCCGCUCCCGCCGAAGCACGCCUUCUCCUUCCUGCGCUCGAGCACGGACCCGGCGCUGCUCGAGGCGCGCCGCGCCGGGCUCGAGCAGUACCUCCGCGCGAUCCUCGCCGCGCGCGACGACGUCUGGCGCGCCGCCUUCGCCUUCCGCGACUUCCUCGGCGUGCCCUCCAGCAAGCCCGACUACGCCGGCGGCGCGGCCGCGGACGCGGGCGACGGCGCGGGCAUGAGCGCCGCGGCGUGGCUCGAGGCGCACCAGGACGCGCAGACGCGCGUGCGCGACGUCCGCGCGGACAUCAACCGGCGCGACGCGCUCGCGGACGCGGGCGACGUCAACGGCGCGCACGGCGCGAACGUGCAGGCGAAGAAGCGCCUCGCGGGCGCGCUCCAGCGCGUCGGCGCGCUCGAGGCCGCGCUCCCUGUGCUCGCCGCGGCGUCGGGCAUGGCGCAGGGCGAGCUCCAGCGCCGCACGGACAUGGCCGCGCGCCUCCGCGACGACUGCGAACGGCUCGCGCGCAUCGUCACCGUCGCGCGCAUGACGGGGAGGGGGAUCGGGUCCGCGGCGGAGCGCAACCCGGCGGCGCAGGCGGACAGGGACGCGCUGCUCGGCUCGGGGUCGUCCCCCACCGGCGGGGGGAUGCCAGGAGGGUUCAGCAGGCCGGUGGCGAGGGUGUUUGGGCAGGCGGCGCCGCCGAAGGAGACGGAGCAGACGCGGCCGCUGGACAACCACGGGCUCGUGCAGCUGCAGCAGACGCAGAUGGACCAGCAGGACUCGCACCUCGCGCAGCUGUCGACGAUUCUGUCUAGGCAGAGGAUGCUCGGGCUGGCGAUCAACCAGGAGAUCCGGGAGCAGAACGAGGAGCUGGAUGACUUGACUAAUGAGGUGGACCGGGUGGGGGCAAGCUCACAGGUGCGAAGAGACAGUUGA